GGGUGUGCCGUCCUUGCCGCCGCCCCAUUCCGCCAUGCACCAGCCCGGGGGGCGCCGGCCGAGCCGCUCCGUUUCACCCCGGCCCGGGGCUGCCAGGAGGGGCGCGCAGCCCACGGCUCUGACUAACGCUCCCACUUGGUAACUCUGCCAUCUUCCUGCUCCUUCCCCGCCCUCCUCCCCCCGCCUCUCCUCCCCCCUCCCCUCCCCCCGCCACCCCCGGGCCCCUCCGCCACCCUCCAGCCCUCCUCCCUGACGCCCACCACUCUCUCCUCCCGCAAGAUCGCGGAGCUGGUGCGCAGCCGGCGGGCCGAUGACAGCCCCUUUCCUCCUGUCUCCGAUGCCUCAGCGGAAGAUCCCCCAGGGCUGGACGGAGGAGGGCUGCCGGGCGUCCUCCCGGCGGGCGAGGCUGCCCCAACCUGCUGCUCGUGGUGGAUGAGACCAGGGACUGAGCAGCCCCUCCGCCGUCGCCGCCGCCGCCGCCGCCACCACCACCAGCACCGUCGCUGCCGUCGGUCCCCGGUCCCCAGCUCCGGGCGCCUCCGGGCUCUCCGCUCGCGCCCACCGCCCGUGCCCUCCAGACAGCCGCGGCGGCGGCGAUGAUGCAAAGGAGGAGGGCGCUGCCGCCGGCGGCGCGGAUGGUGGCGAGUGGCGCCCGGGUGUGAUGCCAGCGUCAUGGUGGGGAUGCUGGCUUCUUCGCAGCGGUGACGGCGAAAGCGAGCCGGGGCGGUGGAGGACGCACGGAUUCGGAUUUUCUGCUGCUGUUGUGGGCUCGGAUCUCGUCUUGCGCCCCCGCUCCCUCCCCCUCUCUCGCUCCCCCCUUUCAUUUUGCCCUGGCUUCGCCUAUUUCACAUCUCUCGAAUCCUCUGUCCUCUCCCCGCCACUGGACGUCUUCCCGUCUCUAAAUGGAAUUAGUGGAGCCCGGAGCCUCUGGUGUAAGGAACAGACAUGAUCUAUGGACGCAGUGUGCUUCACAUUGUAGCAAGUUUAAUCAUCCUCCAUUUGUCUGGGGCAACCAAAAAAGGACCAGAGAAGCAAACCACUUCAGAAACACAGAAGUCAGUGCAGUGUGGAACUUGGACAAAACAUGCGGAGGGAGGUGUCUUUACCUCUCCCAACUACCCCAGCAAGUACCCCCCUGACCGAGAAUGCAUCUACAUCAUAGAAGCGGCCCCAAGACAGUGCAUUGAACUUCAUUUCGAUGAAAAGUACUCUAUUGAACCAUCUUGGGAGUGCAAAUUUGAUCAUAUUGAAGUUCGAGAUGGACCCUUUGGGUUUUCUCCAAUAAUUGGACGUUUUUGUGGAAAACAAAGUCCACCUACAAUAAAAUCCAGUGGAAGAUUUCUAUGGAUUAAAUUUUUUGCUGAUGGUGAGCUGGAAUCUAUGGGAUUUUCAGCUCGAUACAAUUUCACACCGGAUCCUGAAUUUAAGGACCUUGGAGUUUUGAAACCAUUACCAGUGUGUGAGUUUGAAGUGGGCGGUCCUGAAGGAAUUGUGGAAUCUAUACAAAUUAUGAAGGAAGGCAAAGCUUCUGCUAGCGAGGCCGUUGAUUGCAAGUGGUACAUCCGAGCACCUCCACGAUCCAAGAUCUACUUGCGAUUCUUGGACUAUGAGAUGCAGAACUCUAAUGAAUGCAAGAGGAACUUCGUGGCCGUGUACGACGGCAGCAGUUCAGUGGAGGACCUGAAAGCCAAGUUCUGCAGCACGGUGGCCAAUGACGUCAUGCUGCGCACAGGCCUGGGGGUGAUCCGCAUGUGGGCGGACGAGGGAAGUCGGAACAGCCGAUUUCAGAUGCUCUUCACAUCCUUUCAAGAACCUCCCUGCGAAGGCAACAUGUUCUUCUGCCACAGUAACAUGUGUAUCAACAACACUCUGGUGUGCAAUGGGCUCCAGAACUGUGUGUAUCCGUGGGAUGAAAACCACUGCAAAGAAAAGAGGAAAGCCGGCCUGCUGGACCAGCUGACCAACACCAGUGGAACCGUCAUCGGGGUGACGUCCUGUAUUGUCAUCAUCCUCAUUAUCAUUUCCGUCAUCGUGCAGAUCAAACAGCCUCGUAAAAAAUAUGUCCAGAGGAAGUCGGACUUUGACCAGACAGUCUUCCAGGAGGUGUUUGAGCCCCCUCACUACGAGUUAUGCACUCUCCGAGGGACGGGGGCCACGGCCGACUUUGUCGACUUGGGCGAUGACUUUGACACCUACCAUAAACUGCGGAGGUCCUCUUCCAAGUGCAUCCAUGACCAUCACUGUGGAUCCCAGCUGUCCAGCGCGAAAGGCAGCCGCACCAACCUCAGCACAAGAGACGCGUCCGUGUUGACGGAGAUUCCGCCCCAGCCCGUCAAACCCCUCGUCCCGCCCACGAACAGGAGGAACAUCCUGGUCAUGAAACACAACUACUCACAGGAUGCUGCGGACGCCUGCGACAUUGACGAGAUCGAGGAGGUGCCCACCACGAGCCACAGGCUGUCCCGCCACGAGAAAGCCGUCCAGCGGUUCUGCCUCAUUGGGUCUCUAAGCAAACAUGAAUCUGAAUACAACACCACUAGGGUCUAAAAAGAAAAUUCAAGAGAAGAACUAUUUAUACAAACAUGGGCACUGUGCAAAGAGAAUUCUAUAUUGAAUUAUGAAAAGUGGACAUAUUUCUAAAUCCAUUCCACUGCCUUUACCCAAACUUAAGAAUUACAGACAUUUGUUAUUUCUUCGGCAAGACAUCCCCGCUGCACAAUGAUGUGUUCAUUUCGUAAUUUGGUUGCUGGCCACCAAGUGCUCCUUAGUAUUUAAAUACAUUUUGAGAUUUACUGGAAACUUGAAGAAGAAAUUAGUUCCUGAUUCAGACUAUUAUUCACUUUUACUUUCACUUCCACUUUGUUUCUAUGUUGUUUCACGUCUCUUAUAUAAUUGUAUAUUGUGUGAUAUGUGAAAAAAACAAACAAAACAACAACACAAUUUGGGAUGAACUUGGUAUUACAUGUACGUUGUUUUUAUUACAUAGACUGCUUGAGAAUAGUCGUCCUGAGUGAGUCUGAACAUGCGACAGUGAAAAUGUGGACCCUGGGAUCAGCAGCCAGAGGUUUCUGGACUGAGGAUACAUGUCUGUUGUAUUAGGAUUAAAUGCAGCCAGAAGUAAUGAGUAAAAUGACCAGAUGGCAAUAAAAACAGUCUCAUUCUUUGGUUUUUCUUCUGUACCCUUGAUAUCCUUACUUUAUUUUAUAUCAAAGGGAAAUACCCAGUUUCAGAAAUAGUUUUUGAAAUCGGCAUUUUACCUUCAAUAGCAAUGUUUUUGCUUCAGCACUUAGCAAUAUGACUGAAUUGACAGACCCCUGCAUGUCAGUUCUGGAUAUUUCGGUAGGAACACUACCCUCUCUCUGAGACACAUUGUAAAAAGCAUGCGUUCGCCAACCCUGCUGUCUCUCCGCCAUGUCUUUGUAUCAUCUGCUUGCUCCUUGUAACUUUUUAUAUAAAGAUAUAUAAAAAUGUACAAUAAUUUCCUAA